ACCCCAGAUGAAAGUGAUCAGCCCCACUCCACAGGGUCCAGCCGAGGAUCCAGGACUGGAUGGUGCUAGACCCUGGGCGCCGCUGCUCUGUAGUUGAAUUCGGUGUCUCUCCCAUCUCAGCUUGACCAUCUGCUCCUUCACUUGGCCACAGGCUUCCCCUUUGCUAAGUGAGCUGAAACUCGAAAUAGCUCCAGUCAGAACCCGGGAAUUUCUCCAGUUCCUGCCAGCAGCAAGGUGGCUGCUGACUGUGGCUGUGCAUCACCCGUGAGCAGGCCCCGGCCCCCAGCAGGGUCUCCCUCGCCUCCCAGGAUGUGUGGCAGCUUCCUGCGGCAGCUGACGGUGGAGUUGAGUCGGCACUGCACCCCUGUGGGGCGCCUCCUUCUGCCUCUGCUGCUGGGGUUCCGCGUCCUGCUGCUGGCCACAGUGGGCCUGAGCGUCUACAGCCACGAUCAACGUGAAUUCACGUGCAACACGCUGCAGUGGGGUUGCAAGGUCGCCUGCUACGACGCGGCCCACCCUCUCUCCCCUCUGCACUUCUGGGCUUCCCAGAUACUCCUGGUUGCUGUGCCCAGUGCCAUCUACCUGGGCUUCGCCUUCUACCACGUGCUCUGGCAUUGGGAUGCGUCUGGGAAGCUAAAGGAGGAGGAGACGCCACGAGAGGGUGGAGGCAGCUCUGACCACCAGGGAACUGGGGCCCGCCAGCUUUUCUGGGCCUACGUGGUCCAGCUGGGGGUGCGACUGGCCCUGGAGGGGGCGGCCCUGGGGGGACAGUACCAGCUCUACGGGUCCAAGGUGCCUGCGUUGUUCUUGUGUCGCCGGGAGCCUUGCCCCGGGAGUGUUAUGUGUGUUCUAUCGCGGCCGUCGGAGAAGUCCAUCCUCUUGAAGACCAUGCUGGGCCUCAACGGGCUCUGUUUCCUCUUCACGCUUCUGGAGCUGGUACUCCUGGGCCUGCGGAGAUGGUGGCCCGCCUUGAAGCGCAGACGUCCCUUUUCUAAGUGCUGCCUGACCUUGGGGGCUGCCAGAGGUCACAAGGAACAGAGCGGUAACCUCCCAGAGGUGGUAACGAAAGGGCAACUGCAAGAAGUUGGAGAGGGGCCGAUUUCUUCCAGCCCCUAAAACCACCCUCAGAGGGACUCUCUGGCUGGUCCCGAAGGGGACGCAGGCAGUGGUCCUCACACUGCUUCCUCCACUCAGUUUCUUCCCGUGCGCUACAGGCUACAACUCUGCUUCCUCCCCAUCUGCUCUGGCUUACCUAGAAACAAGUCUCAGCUCUGAUGGGCUGGGCCAGGCCAGCCCGAGCUAUAGCACAGCAGGGAGGAUGCUUGCUUUGCAUGCAGCCUGCCUGGGUUCAAUCUCUGGCAUCCCCUAUGGUUGUCCGAGCACCUCCAGAGCAAUUCUUGAGUGCAGAGCCAGGAGUAACUUGUGAGCACUGUCAGGUGUGCCCCCAAACCAAACAAACACCGCCUCACCCACUCCAAGUCUCAGCUCUGUUUGCCCCUGACUUUGCAGGGUCGUGGUAAAGCUGCCCGAUCAGUUCUUCUUCCAGUCUUGGUAGGCCAUGAAGCAUCUCCAAGGACUGACCUAAAGAGCUCAGAAUCUCUGGGCUUGACACCCACCUGCCUUUCCUCAAACUGGGUUAGAGGCAGCUACAGAAGCCUCGAAGCCCCCUCUGUCCUGGCAGCCACCCCGAGGCUGGCUGGGGCCCUUCCUGCUGCCGUAAACCUUCCUCGGCUCCCACAUUCUCUGAAACUUCUCAGCCUGUGACCUCCAGGGGCCCAGGUACCUUCGCACAGUCCUGUUCCCAGGGGCUUUCUGAAGAGACUCAUUCCAAGUCCGCUACCCUUGGGGUCUGGGCCGUGUUCCAGGGCACACGAAGAGCCCUGAGUUCCCUUCACUUCUUCCCCUUCGUGACUGUGCAGGGCCAGUUGCCCUCAGAACCAAGCAAAGGCCCCCCUUAAACUCCCCCUCAAGGCACACGGCCAACAUGGUGGGUUCGACGGCUGAUUUGGGGUACCAGGAGGGAAGGACUCCUGCAGAGUCUAACUCAGUGGUUACUUCCUUGUCUUAAAUUUUAUUUCUAUUUGCUUUUUGGCCACAGAUAGUAGUGCGCAGGGGUUACUCCUGGCUCUGUACUUAGGAAUUACUCCUGGUGGUCUUGGGGCCAUAUGAGGUGCCAGGGAUUGAACCUGGGUUGGCCGUGUGUAAAGCAAGUGCCUUACCCAUUGUACUCUCUCCAGCCCCUAUUACAAAGAACAUUUGUGUGGUAUAGGGGGUCGCUUGUGGUGGUGCUUGAGGGCCAUUCCCACAGGGAUAUAGCUAGGGGUCACUCCCAGGGUGCCAGGGAUCAUACAUGAACCCCUCAGCACCCCACAGUGGGCACUUUACAGCAUAGUUGUUUCUUUUUUGUUAGCUCAUUGCCCUCAUCUCUGCCUAGGGCCAGACUCUUUCCCCAGCAUCUCUGUCCCCAGUUCUUGUCCUUGAAUCCUCAGCACAGAGCAGUUCCUUCAUUUUGUUUUCUUCUGAGUCCCAAGUUAUAUGAGUCAAUCAUGAAGAUUCACUUAUAGAGAAAGGAACUGAUUCCCCCAGGGACACCCAGCUGCAGUGCACAAAAUACUGACUGUCCUUUCUGCAACCCAGUUGUUUCAUUAAAAACAAAAACAAAACAAACAAACACUGUCCUCCCGUUGUUCAUCGAUUUGCUCGAGCGGGCCCAGUAACGUCUCCAUUUUUUUGGAGACUUAUUGUUACUGUGUUUGGCAUAUUGAAUACGUCACGGGUAGCUUGCCAGGCUCUGCCGUGUGGGCAAGAUACUCUCGGUAGCUUGCCGGGCUCUCUGAGAGGGGUGUAGGAAUCGAACUCAGGUGGGCCAUGUUGGCUGCGUGCAAGGCAAACGCCCUACCCGCUCUGCUAACAAAAUAAAACAGUAUGACACUAAUAUCCAAUGCCAGGUAAAACGGGCCAGGAGGACUGGUCAAUGGUUGGUCAAUUGUGUGGGAGAUGGAGGGUAGUUAAGAUAGAGGAGGGACCAUUAUGACAAUACUAGUUGGAAAUAAUCACUCUGGACUAGAACUGAGUGUUGAAAGCAGAUAAAGGGAUAUACAUGAUAACCUUUUAGCAUCCAUACCACAAACCACAAUGCCUAAAAUGAGAGAGAGAGAGAGAGAGAGAGAAAGAGAGAAAGAGAGAGAGAAGAGAAGUGCCUGUCAUAGAGACAGGCUGGGGUAGGGGAUGACUUGAAGGGGUGGGAGGGAAACUGGUGACACUUGUGCUCAAAAUUCACACUGGUGGAGGGAUGGGUGUUGGAAAUUGUGACUGAGAUGCAAUUAUGACCAAUUUUGUAAUGUUCAUAAUUGUAAUGCUCAAAAUCUAUCUCAUGGUGAUUCAAUAAAAAAAUAAUUAAAAAAAAAUAAAAAAGAGAAUCACUUGUUGGCUGAAAGAUUCCCUGGGACUAGCCAAGUAAGCAAAGGGGAACAAGCAAUAUCAUCAGUUCUAGCUUCUCCUCAUCUGGGCCCUCCCUUUCCAACAGCUGUGCUGAGACAGAGUUCCCAUGCCAGGAAAUCUCAUGCCAGGAAAUUAGAAGUCAGCAAGUCAGUGGCUUUAGAAUUGUAUAUCCACCCACACAAAUGAUUUUAGAAUAUUUCAUUAACUCCUGCCCGCACGGCAGAGUCUGGCAAACUCCCCGUGGCGUACUGAGUAUGCCAAAAACCAGUAACAAUGAUGGGUCUUAUUCUCCUGACCCUGAAAGAGCCUUAAAUAUGGCACUUUCUAAAAUUUCAAGGGCUAGGACGAAGGAGACGUUACUGGUGCCUGCUUGAGGAAAUUGAUGAUCAACAGGAUGAUUGUGAUCGUUCAUUAACUCAGAAAGAAACCCUGCGACUAUCUGCUGAGAUCCUCCAUCAGUCCUUUGACUCCGAUGUAUUAGCAAUCACAUUUUUUUUCUCUCGUAGGUUCUCUUUUCCUGGGAAUACAAGUGGAGUUAUAUGAUAUGUGGUCUUUGGAUACUGGCUUCUUUCCUUUUUCAAGUGUUUUGGGUUCAUCCACAUUGAAAUGUCUCUAAGUACUUCAUACCUUGCUGUGGUUGAGUGCUACUCACUAUCUGGCUAAAACCAAUUUUGUUGAUCCAUUUUCCAGUUGAUGGGUAUUUGAAUGAUCUCUCCUCUUUGACCAUAUGAGUAAUGGUGCUAUGAGAGUUUCAGAUAGUUUUACUAUGAAAAACGUGUUCCCUUUACCUUGGAAGCAUACUUGCUAAGAGCUAGGAUUAAUAUUGGGUUCUAGUCCAGACAUCCACAGAUUGGUUGGACUAUAUUGCACACACUCACCAUCAUUCCACCAUUGUGCAAGUCAAGGAUCACAACUAUUGUGUGUGCAAAAACCCACAUCUUUUUUUUACAAUAAAUAAAAAUAAAUUUUAAUAAAGCAAUU